UGGUAAGAGUAGUCUUCCUCUUUCAAACGUCACGACUCACGUCAAGCCUAUAAAGUCUUCUCUACUAUCCUUUUGUCUUCUCCCAUCGGUGCUGCUUUUUUCUGCAACUCCUCAGACUUGCUCUUGCUCGGUCUUCUACAUGGACAUUGAGGAGUCUUCCGCUUCUUCUUCUUCUUCCAGCGAAGCAGCAGAUGCUACACAGCUGCCUUCCGAUGCGAGCUCUCGCUCUCCACCGGAGGUGAGCACGCCGGCUGUGGUGGUGGGGCACAAGAGAAAAGCCGGUAGGAAGAAGUUCCGAGAGACGCGCCACCCUAUCUACAGAGGUGUGAGGGAGAGGAAGGGCGGAAAGUGGGUUUGCGAAGUGCGGGAGCCCAACAAGAAGUCGAGGAUUUGGCUGGGCACCUUCCCUUGCCCGGAAAUGGCUGCCAGGGCUCAUGACGUCGCGGCAUUGGCUCUUAGAGGGAAGUCAGCUCCGCUCAAUUUCCUCGACUCCGCCUGGCUUCUACCUCGUGCUAAAUCAUCCUCCGCUACUGACAUACAGAUAGCAGCUCUGGAGGCUGCUGAAGCCUUCAGGCCUGUGAAAUCUGCUUCUGCUUGCACCACCUCAUCCACCUCAUCUGCUUACUUGCCUCAGAUGGUUAUUAAUAGAACGAAGAAGGUUCCAGAACCUUCCACGACGUUCUUGGAUGAAGAGGCCUUGUUUAAUAUGCCGGGUCUGAUUGACAGCAUGGCGGAAGGGAUGCUUCUCACUCCGCCAGCUAUGCAGAAUGGACUAAAUUUCGAUGACGUUGAUUGCCACGUGGAUUUAACACUCUGGAGCGACGUCUAACGUACGUGGUAGUGCUCCUUCCCUUUUGUAAAUUGUAAUCUCCACGUAACUUCCUUUCUCUUCUUUUAUCUCCUUCGAUCGGUUAUUAUUCCUCCCAGCAGCACUA